UCUGAAGAAGACAGGAAGAACAUUCUUAGGCUGCAGGAUCUGGUGGACAAGCUGCAAAUGAAAGUGAAGUCCUACAAGAGGCAAGCUGAGGAAGCUGAGGAAUUGUCCAAUGUGAACCUCUCCAAAUUCCGCAAGAUCCAGCAUGAGCUGGAGGAAGCUGAAGAGCGGGCUGACAUUGCAGAGUCACAGGUCAACAAGCUCCGAGUGAAAAGCCGGGAGUUUCAUAAGAAGAUAGAAGAGGAGGAAUGA